AUGUGGUUCAGAAAGCUACGUGAUCCCCGAGCCAAGGCACGAAUUAGUCUUCGAAUCAGGCGGUUGACACUGGGCAACCCCGGGGAUGUCCAACCAAUUGGUGGAGGCGUUUCGGAACUACGUAUCGACUACGGGCCAGGUUAUCGCGUGUAUUUUGUGCAACGGGAGCACGCUUCAGUAGUCCUUCUCAACGGUGGGGACAAGGGUACGCAAGAACGGGACAUUGUUAGAGCUCACGAGUUGGCACGAAGCCUUGGGUCCUGA